AUGAUGUGUUUUAUUACUGUUGAAUAUAUAGUGUUGUCAUUUUGUGUUUCAUCUGUAUUUCAAUUAGGUUUUCUGCUGCUUCUUUGGGGUAGUAAAUUCACUUUAUUUGAAAAGAUGUUUGUUAAAUGUCAGUAUAGUUUAUGUCUUCAGUUGUUAGUGUGUGUCUGCAUAAGAAAGCAAUAUAUUUGUCCCUCUGGAGAUAAUAAAAAAUGGCAACAAAGCAAUG